GGUAACUUAAAACGCCCCUUAAUCGCUCCCGUAGUCCCGCUCCUUCAACUUCCAGACCUAUAAAUAUGCAGCACAUUUGAAGAGAAAAUCCAUCUUCCAAAAACCCACAUUUUUCUUUUCCACCUCAAUGACUUCCAUUGCCAAUUUUCUUUCCAGCCAAACAGGUUCGUUUCUUGUAUUCUCUCACCAAGAUUACCGAGGCAAGUUUCCUCUCCUUCUCUCCCUCCCAUUCAAAUCCAAAACCUUGUAAAAUCAAAGACAUCGAGUUACUCCGAAUGCAGAUGGCAGAGCCACAGAAGGCAACUUCUUCAGCUGUUGAUUCAAAAGCAAAGGAGAAAAUAUCAGUGCUAGAUGAGGAAAUUGGAAAGGAUUUCCUUAACUCCUGGAAAUCUAUGUCAGUGACAGAAGAAGAUGCUAUGGAUUUUAGCUUUGGGACAAUCUCAAAGGGCAAGGAAAAGGCAUUCAACUUUGAGAAGCUGGAUAUGGAGUUUAAUCUGGAUGGUGAUUUUGACAAGUUAUCGUCAUUCAAAAUGGACAUGCCUGAUCUUGACUUCUCAUCUCCCUCAAAAAAGAAUGCAAAAGCUAAGGAAAAAUCUAAAGAUAGGGGGAAACAACAAGAGAAAAAUGAUCGCUUUACCUUCUCUUUUGAUUUUAAUGAGUUGGAUGGUUUUGACUUUGAUUCAAGCCUAAGUGAAGGAGAUAAGACUUGUAAGAAAAUCCAGGAAAGAAAAUCAGUUGCAUCUGAGAUUAGUGAAGUUUCUAAAAUUGACCAGGCACUUGAGGAUGAUUGCAUAACUGAAAAACUUCCAGCAUCAAAGGAUGCAACCAAUUCAAAGGCUGAGACAUCCAAGGGCAAGGCAGAUGCUUGCAAUUCCAUGGAUGAUCCUUCUCCCUUAAAAGCAGUUUCUACAAAGGGUAUUGCACCUGGAAAUUUGGUUGAUGCACAAGGAUCAAGAAUUUCUCCAGAGAAAUCAGUGGAUACCGGUACCAAAGAAACAUAUACAUCAAGUCCGUUGUCAGAUAGGGAAGUUUCCUUAGAACUCUAUGAUCAGCGGUCCUUACAAAGUUCACCCAUGGAUUCCCUCAGUAGGAACAAUUCAAACCAAGAAACUGUUUCUGACAUGCAGGCCAAAUUUUGUUCUCAGGGAAGAAGAAUAAAUACCAGUUUAGCUGAAGAGCAAAAUAUUAAUAACAAAAUGAUAAGCAAUGAGGGGACUAAUCAAGGAAAUUUGCAGUGGAAGAACUCAAUUCUGUUAUCUGAGAGUGAUAGAGAUGAAAGAAAAGGGGUUGGUGGCAAUAUCCCAGCAGAAAUAAACGACAGUCAAUUAGUGGAAGGUGAUAUAAUUCUGAAAGAUAUUUCCACUGCAAGCUUAUCAGGAGAAAUUUUAGACAACAGUGCAGCCAAGAAGGAUAUCCAGAAUCCGAUUUCCAAACUUCCUUCUUUUUCAUCAGACAGAUGCAGUAAACCAACAGUCAGUGAACUGACUGCAAGAAAAGACAAAGAAGCUGGGGCUAUUCACUCGAGGUUUUUCAGACGAUCAGAAGAAAACAAAUCUCAAUUGCAUCAACCAUCAGCAACUGGAAAAGAUGUUUCCUCAUUUAACAGAAAAAGGAUUGGUGACAAGCAUUUAUGUCGCACAUAUGAGAAAAGGGAUGAUUCUGACGGUGGUGAAGCAGAAAAUAGAAGAAAACCGGUGGGUUAUUCAAAAGUAAGUUCCCAAGAAUCGACAAAAGGGAAGCCGGUUUUGCUGCAAAGUGAAAACAAUGCUGAAAGUUCUAGUGAUAUCAGGGAUGGUUUCACUGCUGAUGCUGCACAAAAUGGUGGCAACAAAUUAAUCAGUAAAUCAAGUUUGCAAGAUAAAGCAGCAACAAAAGGAGAGCCUGUCCUUUUAAGAAUUGAAAAGAAUGUUAGUUUGCAAGCUAAUCCUCCUAACCAUGCUGAGAAAACUGAAUUUGGUGUCCAGACAUCUGUGAAUCCCAAACUUCAGGUUCAAAAAUUAGAAUCCAUUCAGAACUCAAAGUUUCUUCGUGAAGCACAUAAAAUUCUCAAGAAAGCACCUGCUCUCUCUAGCUUUAAAAGCACAAGGACUGUAGGAACAAACAAAGAUCAACUGAGUUCUCAAAGGGAAACCAAUUCAUUGAGAAACUUGGAGCAAAACAAGAAUACUCCAGGAAAUACAUCUAAGAUUGUCCUUCCUGUUGGAAAUGCUGAGAAACAAACACCAAAGCUCCCAUCCUUGAAGCGGAAAACAUUGGAGGAAUCAAAUGGAGACUUAAUGUUGUUGAAACCCCUCAAAAGGCUUUUGCCAUCUCCAAGUGAAAGCAGGAAUCCUAAGGAAUCUUCUCAAAGAGUUGCUGAUAAAGAGGUUCAAAAUACUAAUAAGAAUCACAUGGAAGAGUCAACCAAGAAUAUUCUUUUUGACCAUCUGACCUCCAGAUCUGAAGUUCCUCGGGAGGUGAAAGUGACAGAACUGGAGUUUCCUUCAGUCAUGGAAGAUGAUGGAAAUAUGGAAAAGGCUGAAGCUUAUGGAAAGGAGCUGGAAGAUAUCUGCAACAUGCUGAAAAAGAAACAUGAGGAAGCCAAAGAAAUACUGGUUCGAGCUAUUGUGAACAACAACAAUUUACUGAUGCUUAACCAUCCCAUCUUUCAAGAGAAGAUAUCCUUUCCAUUUUGUCUAUUUGCUGUCAUAAGUUUUUCUCAGCUAACUUACAUUGCUAUAACCGAAGUUGCACGUUCCUUCACAAUUAAAAACAUUCGUAUGGUUCAGAAAUUUGCUGAGCUAUUAAUAUCCAAGGAAAUUCCAACUUGAUCAAAGGCAAGAACGGUGCUUAUAUGUCAUAUAAGGUAUCUCUCUCGCAGACACAUACACAAAGAUACAAAGACACGAGCAAUUCGAAGUUUCGAACUUUCUUCCCCCUUUUAGUUGAUAAGUUGUUCCAUGAGACUCUCAGGAACAGGUUCAUCUUCUCCUUCCCCGAAAAGCUAGGACCAACAGAUCUUACAGUGGAGUUGAACAACAUGGUUAGAAACCUUUCAAUUUAAAUCGAUCUCUUACGAUUGUUUUUUUAGCUCUUUACCUGCAUUCAUCUCUUUUCUUAGUUCUGUUUAGUUCCCUGAUUCAUUGAAGCUGGUACAUGAACCACCUCUUUUACGAUGCAAUGAGUUGUUUGUACGAUCAAUUUAGAAUUUCUUAAAUCAUGUAGAUGGUUGAAUAUGAUUUACAAUUUCUCUAUCAUUCUGA